AUGCUGUUUCUAUUCUCUCCUGGCUAUGACCAUAGAGCCUUGUCCCAGCCUCCAGACCUGCCUGUCUGUGUGGUGGAUGACACCCUGCCCUCUGAAGCUGUCAAUGAGAUGGUAAGUUGUCCUUGUCAUUUCAUAUUGCAACAUUAAAUCAAUCCAAUGUUAUAUUGAUGCCGUCAUUGGCAAUGUUGAAGUGCCACAACUAUCCCUGUUGUGUUGCAGUUGUUUAAUUUGUCCAACGUUGCCAAUGCUCCUCCACUCUCUAACUAACGGUUCAUCAUUAUUUCAUAUGAUAUUUGUUGUAUGUUAAGUUUGACUCUGAUAGUGCCAUUAUUUGCAACAUAAUUUAAUUUCUACCAGGAGCAGAGCAAUCUCAGCACUUUGGAAUCCACAGAAGAGGGGAAGCUCAACAGUGUGGAAGAUCUGACACUUAUGGACUUCCUUCAAAACCUAACUGAGGAGUAUGUUCUGUUUUCUUUGGUACUAUCACACCUUAAAGGAAAUAGGGUCAUAUUAGAAACUGAUUAAUCAACUACAUUUUUUCAGUGCUAGAAAGGUUUUCACAUUAAUGUUGUCAAAACAAUUGACACAAAGCGAAUGUAACUUCACCAUCAGGCAAAUAUUUAAAUAAAAACAAUUCUGCCACGCAUCCUGAUCCUAACAACAUUUCUAACACAUCCUGAUCCUGACAACAUUUCUAACAAUAUUGUUUUCAGGCAAUGGAGGGGGAUUCGUGAGGGCAUGUUUGACCCGGUAAGAUCAUGUUACUGACAAUUUAAUCAGAUUACCAUGAAAACUCUGCCGAAUAUUUGACCUUGUUCAUAAGCGUUUGAAAGACGCACUAUGCAACAUUUUAAACCCUUCUUCUGUUUCUGGAAUACAGCUGACAAAACAACAGCUUGCCGGCUUGUGUCUGAGGAUCGUCCAGUUUUUAUCGGACAAGCUGAUGCAGAACAUCAUCUCAGGCCUUUACGAACUACUGGGCAUCCAAGAUGCUGCCACCUCUCCAUUGUCACAGAGCUCUCUCACAGCAUCAGUCACCAGUCUGGAGGACGAUAAGGCUAACACCAAGUCCCGUGUGAGAUUUACUGAGGCUGGUGUACCUAAGAGGCGAGGCAGUCGAAAGUCUUCCACUAGCUUUCGCAUCCCGACUCCCUACCCUUCCUCCAACUGUAUGGAGCAAGAAGAGGAAGAAGAACAGCAGGAAUCACAACAAUUGAAGUUCAAGGAGAUUUACCUGACUAAGGAGAUACGCAGUCUGGGCAGCGGAAGCUACCUGCCCAUGGGGGCCAUGAGGUAUGUUCUUAAAGGGAACUUCAUAUUCAUCUCCAGCAUCACCCCAACUUCAACCUAUGUGUAAAUUGCGCGUUUCUAUGUUUUGUAGUAAAAAAGAUAGAGGGAGAUAAGUGUUUCCAAUAGUGCUGAGCGAUUAGUGCUUUUUGAGGUCGUUUCGGUUUCGAUUCGAAUAUUGAAAAAUAAUCACGUUUUCAAUGUAAUUUGUUUGGGGGGACUUUUUAUCAUAGGUACACUUCAACUGUGAGAGACGGAAUCUAAAACAAAAAUCCAGAAAAUCACAUUGUAUGAUUUUUAAGUAAUUAAUUUGCAUUUUAUUGCAUGACAUAAGUAUUUGAUCACCUACUAACCAGUAAGAAUUCCGGCUCUAACAGACCUGUUAGUUUUUCUUUUCAAUCACCCUCGGUCUGGGGCUCCAUGCAAGAUCUCACCUCGUGGGGCAUCAAUGAUCAUGAGGAAGGUGAGGGAUCAGCCCAGAACUACACGGCAGGACCUGGUCAAUGCAGGACCUGGUCAAUGACCUGAAGAGAGCUGGAACCACAGUCUCAAAGAACCAUUAGUAACACACUACGCCGUCAUGGAUUAAAAUCCUGCAGCGCACGCAAGAUCCCCCUGCUCAAGCCAGCGUAUGUCCAGGCCCGUCUGAAGUUUGCCAAUGACCAUCUGGAUGAUCCAGAGGAGGAAUGGGAGAAGGUCAUGUGGUCUGAUGAGACAAAAAUAAAGCUUUUUGGUCUAAACUCCACUCGCCGUGUUUGGAGAAAGAAGGAUGAGUACAACCCCAAGAACACCAUCCCAACUGUGAAGCAUGGAGGUGGAAACAUCAUUCUUUGGGGAUGCUUUUCUGCAAAGGGAACAGGACGACUGCACCAUAUUGAGGGGAGGAUGGAUGGGGCCAUGUAUCGCGAGAUCUUGGCCAACAACCUCCUUCCCUCAGUAAGAGCAUUGAAGAUGGGUCGUGGCUGGGUCUUCCAGCAUGACAACGACCCGAAACACACAGCCAGGGCAACUAAGGAGUGGCUCCGUAAGAAGCAUCUCAAGGUCCUGGAGUGGCCUAGCCAGUCUCCAGACCUGAACCCAUUAGAACAUCUUUGGAGGGAGCUGAAAGUCCGUAUUCCCAGCGACAGCCCCGAAACCUGAAGGAUCUGGAGAAGGUCUGUAUGGAGGAGUGGGCCAAAAUCCCUGCUGCACUGUGUGCAAACCUGGUCAAGACCUACAGGAAACGUAAUUGCAAACAAAGGUUUCUGUACCAAAUAUUACGUUCUGCUUUUCUGAUGUAUCAAAUACUUAUGUCAUGCAAUAAAAUGCAAAUUAAUUACUUAAAAAUCAUACAAUGUGAUUUUCUGGAUUUUUGUUUUAGAUUCCGUCUCUCACAGUUGAAGUGUACCUAUGAUAAAAAUUACAGACCUCUACAUGCUUUGUAAGUAGGAAAACCUGCAAAAUCGACAGUGUAUCAAAUACUUGUUCUCCCCACUGUAUAUAGAGCUGCUGCCUAUCCUGUCUGACUAUUUUAGUAGUUCUUCAAAGUAAAUAAGGCAUAAUUUUAUGACUGCUGAAUACCAACCAUCAAUCACUUAGAUAAUGUAUUUCCAGGUAGAGAAACCUCGCAAAGCAACUGCUUUUUUUAUCGCUCUCACGCAUUCUCUCGUCUCUCCGUCUCAGUCAAUGAGGACUCCAUAUCUGCUCCACACAGAGUGGACAAGUAAGCGGGCGAGCAAUGGAUUAUGGUCAUUGUAGUUAAUUACCAUGUUUUCUGCGCUAAACUAUGUAGAAUAUUGGCCUGUUGGAAACUACAACUCCCUAGUAUGUAGAAUAUUGGCCUGUUGGAAACUACAACUCCCUACUACAUUGCACAGUUCAGGCUGGAUCUGAUUUAUCUCUACAGAAACUGAGCAUCGCGCUCACAAAAAAAAAAAAAUAAUAAUAAUGGAUUCAAAUAAUUGAACCGACGUCGGUCAAUUAGUUGUUUUAAAAACCAAAAAAUAACUAACAUUUUGGUUAAUCGCUCAGCUCUAGUUUCUAAUGGCAUCAUCGGUGUGCAUCGUUUGAUUUGAACCAAUUAUGAGGAGGCAUUGCCUACUAAUUGUCUACUAAUUGGUUGAUGAUGUCAUUGGAAACACUUAUCUUCCUCUACCUUUUUUUACUACAAAACAUGAUGUAGUGGUGGUGCUGGAGAUAAUGAAUCUGAAGUUGAAACAUUUAGAAAUGUCCCUUUAACCAUUCUUCAAUACUGCCUUGUAUUUAUGAUUGUCCUUAAACAGUAUUUUAAGUUUAUAGCAAUUUAGAUUUUUUAGAGGAUAGAUAUUGCCAUCUACUAAGCCAGUUUCAAUACAAAUUACUUAUACAAAAAACAUUUUAUUUGGCUUUAGAAAUUAAGCAGUUAGGUUGGGAUCUCACUAAGGUUUUUUCCCAGAGCAACAGCAGCAUUUCCCCCAUUGUUUUCAAUGGUGCAGAUGUGUUUGACACACUCAACGUGCAUCACAGCCUUACAUAUUAUUUGUUUGACUGUGAUGAUUUCUGUGUUUUGUUCAAGGUCUCAAACCUCUCUGUCUGAGGUGCAGAAGAAGACAACCAACUCUGAGUCGCUAGAAGUCCUUUUAGGUCUCUCAAAGGAAACCCUCGUCACCUGUGUGCAGGACAGCCUGCAACGGUCUCUCUCCAAACUGGCAUGCGUAUCUGAUUCUCCAUCUGGAAGCACAGGCUCUCUGACGCUAACCCCUGCUGUAAUGGCAGAAGUGGUUAAAGAUGUCAAGUCGGCCGUUUCAGUGGCCAUUAAGAGUGUCUCCACACGCCAAACCUCUCUAGUGACACCUGUAAGGGGAGACUCACAGACCAAGGGGACUGAGGGCAUGGUGAGAGACCUCGCAGCUAAACUUGAAAAAGUUGACCAAGAGAGCAAGAGUCUAACAGGGCAGGUCAUGACCACCAUCUCUGACACAAUGGUGGUUUUUGUUGACGAGAACGAACAGGAUUUGUUGGGAGAUCUGAUGGAGAAGAUCACGUUUUUGGCAUCGCAUGGUGGCUUCAUUGACGAUCUUGAUGCCCUGAUAAGGAAAUACGAGAGCAGCCACAAUAUUAGUGAAUCUGGAUCCUCCUGCACGCUCAUGUCUAAGAGCAUCCAAAAACUAUCUAGCCGGGAGUUUCAAACAUCAGCAAUGCAAGCAGUGAGUGGAGUUAUUUUCAAAAAAGUCAGUAGUUUGAGCUUUCCUAGUUCAGUCGUUCAGUCCGAGUUAACAGGUGCUGUAGCAAGUCAAACAUUGUCUGGCAUUGUAAAGACAGAGUCAAUUCACCCAGUGGGCUCAGCAGCUUCAGUAGUUGUUAAGGCUUUCGUGUCAGAUAUGAAGUCCUUGGCCGAGUCUGAAGAGAGUCCCCAACAGAAGAGUGGCUGGUCUGCUGCUUUUCACAUCUACCACAGCAUCCAAAACAACUUGAAGGAUUAUUUCAGCAAGCUUCAGAGAUUUGCCCUGAAGAGCACUGUCACAUCUGAUGACAACACCACACAUGCUGAGUGUAAGGAGACAGUUCCUCUUCAAUGCCUGGACAGAAGAUAUAGGCCAAGCAAGAGUGAGCCUCAGUUGCCAGAGUCCACUGGUGAAGUUACUCUACGGAGGGGCAUAAGUGAAAGCUCAAAACUUCUUUGGGCACAAACUGACUCAGAGGAAAACAAGCUCCUUCUAACAACUUGCACCAAAGAAGUCAUCUCAGAGCUUCUGGUCUUGUACAACACUGAGAUGUCAAACGAGGACCACCUGUCCACUUUUGGAGAAAAAGGAUCAGACUUCUCUAUUGAGAGAGAACAAUUUGUAGAGGGUGUUCUGGCUCAGCUUGGGGAUAUCUCCCAUUCCAGGACCCCAUCACCAAUAGUAUGUGAGUUCCCCUCUGAAAUUGAGGACAUCAUCGGCAGCAAGGCCACAGCUUCUUUGACCAGUCUGUCUGAUUGUAUUAAAAAACUCUCAAGUGAGGAAUUCAAGAGAAACGCUACUCAAGCAGUGAGUGAGUUCCUUGUUAAAAAGUCCACCAGUAGCUUAACUAGUGCACAGCCUGAUUAUUCUGUAGCGUCCAGGUCUGGUUCCAUUCAAAACCAGUGCACAUGGUCAAAGGAUAUUUGUGCGGAUUCUGCUGCCUUUGGAAUCAUUGACACAUUUGUGAAAGACCUGCAGAACUUGGCACAACCCUCAGAGGUAGAGCAGAGAGAACCUGACCUCUUGGAAAAUGCACAAAAGCUACAGAGCAGGAUCUGGUCUGCUACCACUAGUUUGUAUAAGAACAUCAACAAGACAUUAAAGGACUUCACCAUUCACCAGCGGAGGUCAGACAUGCAGAGCAGAAUGUCCAGCCGUACACCCACAGAGGACUCUGGACAUCUUGGGACAGAGGAGUACCUUGGUUUGGCAAGCCAGGACUUGAGGCAAGCUAGAAAGAGUGUGCCUCACUUUCCCAGUUUGAACCAUGAAGUGGCUCUACACAAGGGUGUCAGCGAGAGUUCAAAACUUCUCUGGACUGAAAUAGACGAGGCUCUAAUGACCAAUAGUACCAAAGAGGUCAUUUCAACAAUCUUGACCUCAUGCGAGGACGAGAUAUCAAAUGAACCUUUCUCCUCCACAGUAGGAAAGAAAAUAUCUGAUAUGUCCCUUGCGGUCAACGUGUUUGUAGGUGGUGUUCUGUCUCAGCUGAAGGACAUCUCCUUGUCAAGGUCCCCAACACCAUGUGAAGACAUGUUUGAACGUCUCCAAGAUUCUCUUGAGCGAACCUCUCCAGUAAGUCCAGGUGGCAGCACGACAACCUCCAAAGGCAUUGCAUCUUCCCAUAGUCUUUCAGCAAAGAGCCUCCAGAAACUCUCAAGUCAUGAGUUCCAAACCAAAGCUGAGAAAGGAGUGAGUGAGGUCCUCUCAUUUAACAUUGUGGAGGAAGGUAAAACAGAUAAGCACCUCCAGUCUGUAUCUACAUCCACCGUCUCUACUGAUAUUAUACAAACCAUGGUGAAAGACCUGCAGGAGCUCCACCAGAACACCCAAUCAUCUGACAUGGUAUCUGGCACCUCCCUGCUCACCACUGGACAGGUUUCUGAGAAAAGGAUCUGGUCUGUUGCUCGUAACAUCUACCACAGUCUGCAAAGUAAGAUUAAGGAGUUUCUCAGAAAAGAUCUUCAAAGAUCAGACACAACACUUGGUUCAAUCAAAAUGUUUACAAAUGAAAGCAGUUCUGCAUCACAAAGAGCUAGUCUCGGCCAUCUUGAGGUCAACCAGAGCAGUGUUACACCUGGUGGAAAAGAUGCCUGUGUGGAUAUUCCGCAUGAAUUACUACCUAAAAUCAAGUCUUCAGAAAAGGUCUUAACGACCAUUGAGCUCUCAGGAUCCAUGCUGGAGGAUAUUGGCACGAUCCGCUGUAGGAGUGCUGACAGCCAAAAGACAAGAAAGACCUCUUCUUCACGCUCCUCCAUCUCUCCAACACCUACUUCAAAAUCAAGGCAGUCAGAAUGGAACUUUGCUUUGCCCGGUACUCCCAUCCCCACUGAGUUGCCUGCUCCGAGUGAAUGUCCCAUUAUAAGAAACACGAUCAUUGAGGACUUCUUUCACACAGAGGACUUACUUCCCCCGUCCUUUGUGGACAAAGUCAGGCAAGUUGCUGGGGUGGUAGUGGACAAAAUGGUGGAAAGUGUUGAGAACACACAGGAAGAUGGGCAGGAUGCUUCUCAUUCUGACGACCUCCGAUCUGCUGUUAGGAAAUUGAGAGAAAUUAUUUCCACUUGGACCAUCCACAUAUUCAGUCAUGAAUUGGUGGAUAAAGUGAUAGCCAUUCAGGACAGCCACAUCACUCCACAGGUCUUAACAUUGGAAGCAGCCAAAAGUUCUUCUGACUCCAUUCUUUCAAGGCUGAAAUGGGGACAGGAACAAUGCGCCGUAUCCAGGAAGCUCUCCUCUCAGCUUCUCCAGAUAUUUGCUGAAGAGACAGUGAGGGGCUUCCUAAAACAGGGGUCAGAUGAGUAUGAAAAUAUAAACUUUGAUGUUUUAGUCCAGAACAAUCCAAGCACCUCUACUUGCAUCAUUCUUCAAAUGAUCAAGAAAGCCACUGCUAAAUGUUCUUUUGAGUCCGGUACCAGCAUGGCCACCAGUGACAUUGUAGAAGGCGUGUUGAAUUUGGUAAGGGAUACCACCAGCAUGACUGGAGAGCAGAUCCCCAUCUUUAACACAAAGGUAUAG